AUGUCAUGUACAUUCGCAGAGGCUUGGGCUCUCCUCCUCUCUGACCCCGAGGUCGAAAAUACUUCAUAUGCUACCGAAAGAGGCACGGUCAAUACGCAACCGUCUCCCACUACUUCCAUCUCAUCAUCGAGCAACGAGUUCUCUACAUUGAUGUCCACAGCGAGAGACCCUGUCCUCCAGCACGACCUAUUCGACUCGGCCUCGGCAGCGCGUCAAUGCCUCACGAAUCUACGCGAGCAGCUCCAGAUGCUCCAACAUACCUCCACUCUCCUCGACAACGAAACUGAUACCCAACGAAUCAUUCAGCUCAAUAGCAGCAUCGAUAUGCUUACACAAGCCAUCCCUCGCUCCCGACUCGAGUCAGCCUCUCGCUCCCAGGAGCGCCGACCGGAGUAUCGCUGCUGGGACGCCUGUUGCGGCGGACGACUCUUCUCUAAUCGCAGCAACCUGAUUCGACAUCAACGAGAGCAAUCGGGCGAAAACGAUCGAUUGCGCUGCUCGUUCUGUAAUUCUAGGUUCUCUCGUGCCUCCGUGAGAAAUGCGCACGAGGCAAAAGGGGCAUGUCGUAUGAGACGCAUGGACUCGCGACGGCAAAGAGAGAGAGAGAGGCCCUGA